AGCUCAGGGGGAAGACCGCUGAUAUCAAUGCGUCUUGCGUUCAAAAUGGCGGACGAACAAGGGCGACCAGAGCGGGAAGAAAAGAAGAAGGAUUCAUCAAGAAAACAUCACGAGGAAGGAGAGAUGUCACGCAGUCGACUACAGAAGAAAACUAAGAGGAAGCAAAAGAAUCAGUCAAGAGCAAAUUCUUCUUCAUCAAAUUCUUCAAGCAGAAGCAGAUCACCGUCGCGAGAAAAACAGAAGAAGAGAAGGAAGCAUUCAAGAAGCACUUCAUCCAGCAAAACUGGCAGCAGCUCCUCGAGUGCCUCUGAAUCAGAUUCCUCAGCAGAAAGGACAAAAAGGAAAAAGAGAAAGGAGAAGAAAAGAAAGAAGAAGAGCAGGAGGAAAGAAACAGACGAAGCUUCUGGCCCUGUUCAACUUUCAAAGUUCAUGAAAGAACGAAAACGGAAGGAAGAGGCACUGAGAAGCUCCGUGACAGGCAAGAAGAUCAAACUUAAAGUGAAAAAAUCAAGCAAGGACAAGGAGCGAGAUAAGAACCGAAAACAGCUACUACACUUCUUGAAUCAGACCCUCUAGGUUUUUCAGGGAAGCUCAUUGGGACUAACAACUAAAUCCCGACUCGACCGGUUUGGUAAACAAGAGUGUGAGCGGAACAGUGAAUGGUUUCCAGUAUCAGGGUCCAUCAAGUUAUACAGUAUGUGCACGUGGAGGGAACAGAAGUCCAGUAAAUUUUUCCUUUCUUCAUACCACACUCACGGUGUUAGGUCCAGAACCUGGAAAAACGGGAAAGGAAAAUUCACCAAGAGUUGACGAACGAAUGAAAGUUUGCCAUGUGUGGAAACAGUGGAUUCUCUGAGGAAAAAAGAGGACGUGUUUGAAUCGGUCAUCCUGUAAAUCUCUCGUCAGACUUUUUUUUUUGUACGAGGCAGUGUUCCUCUUACGUAGUUCAUAAGAUGUAUUUAUUACACGACUCGGGCAGUCAGAGGGCCAAUAACUGAAAUCAACCAAUCAAAAUACUCUAUUGCCGGUAGUU